AUUUUCUCCGCCAGAAUUCUCCACUCAGCAAGUGGUUUCCCCUUUUUGUUCCGGGCUCCUGCACAGAUGACCUUGAAUAUGUCCUGAUUCCCAGGUUGAAAAUCUGUUUCAGCAUUGAGCAUGACUCAUCAUCUCCUUUCAAUCAGAAACUUCAAUUUAACAUCUGACCACGCGUCCUAAACUCACUGAUUCACAUACUAACCUAAUCAAAUUAUGGGAUUCGUUUCUGAUCAAAUGCUUAUCAAGAAUCUUAUUCUUAUAGAGCUGCCAAUGAUUCACAUACUACUUUCAAUUACAAAUCAACCUUUGAUCCAAAUGAUUACUAUAUAUGGAGCUUAGCCCAUCUUUCUGGAUGAUCAAAACAGAGCAUUGCAGCAAAAUGGCAUCCCUCUUGCCUAUGUACGACGCUAGACACCGAACCAAUUUCGGCUACGAGCCUCAUUACCCAAUUUAUGGAGAGGAUCAGACUGAGGAUCAUCAUGAUUACUACAACAAAAAUCACCAAAACCACAUCCCAAUACUCUCUGGAAAUUCACCCUACUCUGUUCAUCCUCCUUCCUAUCAUCAUCGCAAUAACCACUUCUCAUCAUCGUCGCCACCAGUCAGACUCGAUGAUGCAGCAAUCGAAUGGAAGGAUACCCCAGAAGCCCACAUCUUCAAGACGGUUCUCCCCGUUGGGGUGAGGAGAGAAGACGUGAAGGUUCAAUUGGAGGAUGAUCGAAUCCUUAGGAUCAGUGCUGAGAGAGUUAGUGAAACAGGGGAUCGGCGCAAAAACUGGCGCCAUGUGGAAUUCAGCGGACCAAAGUUCAUGACUGCCGUUACACUGCCGGAAGAUGCCAGGGCUGAUCUGAUUAAGUCUUCAUGGGAGAAUGGAGUCCUCACUGUCAGAAUUCCCAGGAGGGAUAUGGGUCGCAAUUACCGUCAUCGUGUCCGAAAUGUUGACAUAAGUGACCACUAAUUCAAAGUCUGCAGAUUUCCCUAUCUAUAUUCUAAAUAUAUAUGCUAAAGAGUUAAGUAGUACUACUCGACAACUAGAAAGGGAGGGUUUGUAAACACUUGUAGUAAGUACUUCAUGAUGUUAGUGCUGCAACUUUGUUGUAGUACAUGGCUGUACCUGUAUGGUUUGGAUCUCAGAUACUAUGUACAAUAAAAUUUACUCUCUCUUUAGCUAUCUAAUAACGAGCAUGUACUAACUCUAAUACGUUGGGACUGAAUGUCUACACAUGUCAUUGCGAGUCCAAUUACGAAAUAAAUGAAUAGUAAGUCGAGCGAUUUGAGUUUAGUGAUCUGUGGUCAAGUACUAUAAUUUUUUAUUCUCUGCGUCGAUAGUCUUGAGUUCUCAUAAUGAUAAC